UUUUUAUUAUAUUUUAAUGUUUGAUGAGUGUUUGAUCAACAAUGAAAUCUUUAAGGUCUUUCAUAAUGGGUGUUGUCUGUUGAAGUUUGAGGUGGUGUGAAUGAGGAUGGUGUCUGAGCCUGAUGACUGUCAGACUGUCUGCACAAGUUUCAUGCCUCAAUCUGGGCGUCAGCAGAGCUGUGUGGAAUUUUUUUGGUCCACGUGUUUGAUUAGGCAAAUAUUUUAUGCUGCAUGUCCUUCCUGAUGUAACCUUCCUCAUUCUUCUGAGCCCCCAUAACCUGUGGGCCUAGCAAGCCACCUUUAACACCUUUAACAUGGACAAGUGGGGAGGGGAACAGCUGGGUCUACCUAUACCCACGUUUCCUGAUUUUUUUUUCUUAUUUUUCAAAUGUUUUGAUUGUGAUUUUUAAAAAUAAAAUUGAAUCAAACCUCAGCAGCAUCUUGAAAACCGGGUAAGGGUGAAAGGUGAAGUGCACGAUGGACAGGCCGGCAGUCUGUGACAGUGUUAGUAACACAGCCAACUCGAUUACAAAAAGAAAAAAUGUGUUCAUUUGUUGAGAUGAUCAGGAGUGAAGAGAGUGAAGAUGAGUGGACUGACUACAAGGGGAAGGCUUUAGUUUUCAGAUUUACCUGAUUUAUUGUCACAGUGAGGAGAAGCAGGUCCUCAUAACGAGACUGAAAGACAGCAAAGAAAAAAAUCAGAAAUGAGCAUGAACUACAAAAACAGCCACUCGUUCAAUCUGACCAAGUGUGAUUUCCACAGAGAAGAAUCUCGGUGUUACACACGAGGUUUCACCCAUUAAAUGAUUAAUAACCACAGACGAUCAGGAGGCCCAAAGGCUCUUAAAUUACAUGAAUAAAAGUGAGCAGCAAAUCGAGUUAAAAUAAUGACGACUAAACAUGAUGAAUGUGUUUCACACCGAUAAGCUGAUGAACAAGAUGAUAACACCAGUUUCAAUCUUACGCUGAGUAAAGGAUGUGGCUGAAAGCCAAAUUUGAUGGAUUAUAAUCAUAUUUGGCAAUGAAGCAAACUGCUGUAUAAAAGGUUCACCUCAGCACUCCUACAAACACAACUUUACCUUUGUGCUGGCAUCAUGCUCGGUCUGCAGAAAUUUCUGCUCCUCCAUGUUCUGGCAUGGCUCGGACAACUUGCACAUGGAAGUGACAUCAUAGAUGGUGAAAAAGCCCCAGAGAACUCGAUGCAGUACAUGGCCUCUGUGCAGAACAACAAUGGUCACCAUGUUUGUGGAGGAUUUCUCAUCACUGAGGACUUUGUAGUCUCGGCUGCACACUGUUAUAACUGGACCCUCACACACGUUGUUCUUGGCAACCACAAUCUGAAGAACGGCAAUCAUCAAAAAAUAAAGAUUGAAAACAAAACCAUCCCUAAAAAUUAUAUAAAAGUUGGACUUGGUAAUGACAUCAUGCUGAUUAAACUGCUUGAGAAAGUUCAGCUAAAUGACAGGGUACAAACAAUUCAGCUUCCACCUGCUGAAAUAAACCUUCAAGAAAACCAAGUGUGUCAGGUGGCUGGAUGGGGAAAAACUAAAACUGGUGAUAAUAAACCUGCUGAUGAGCUGAUGGUGGUGGACGUGUCUGUCAUUGACAAACAAGUCUGUAAUGAACUAUGGGGUGAUCUUCCUGACAAUGUUACCUGUGCAGGUGGAUAUGAAACAACCAAAGGAUUCUGUCAGGGAGAUUCUGGUGGUCCUCUGGUGUGCGACGGGUUGGCUGUUGGCGUUGUUUCUUUCAACUAUGAAAAAAACUGCAAUUACCCCGAUAAACCCAACGUCUAUACGGACAUCUCAAAAUACCGUCAGUGGAUUGACAAGGUUGUCAAAUCCAGAAAAUAUGAAGAGUAAAAACUUCACUGAAAGUUUGGCUUGUAUAUUAUUGUCAGCAAAUGUCAGCAUUUCUGAUCUUCUGUUAGCAUAACCAAAAAUGAAAAUAAAAAUAUACCCAGCAUUAAA